AUUUGUUUUGGCAUUCUUAACGAAAAUAGAUAGAUAUCCUAUUUUUCUUUUGUCAAGAUUUUUGUUUUGGCACAGAGUGAUGUCUUUCUCAGGCUAUUAUUCCUUUGGCACCUGGAAGCAAAGUGGAGGUGCUACUUGAACUGGAUUAUAGGUUCAUAUUAGCUUGCAGCUUGAAGCUAUGUCUGCAUAUGCUCAUCAAAUGGAGCAGCAGUACUCUGCACCUAGUCUCUCGGAUGAUUCUGAGACAGGAGGCCAUUAUGAAUUAGAAUCAGGAUUCUUCAUGAAAUCGUUUACUGCAACAAUCUUCGUUGCUUCACUUGUCACUCUUGGAGUUCUACUAAUUACUUUGGUGAUUUCCUUGGUGAUUAUGCUGCAAUCCUGUCAAAGUAAAAGUGCCGGAGGAGUUAUCGAGCUUCUGAAUAUAAAUGAAUACUACAGUUAUUGCAGGGUGUAUUCUCUGCAUGCUGAGCUAAAUAACUUAGAAGGAUAUAAUCUUCCUAGAAUCUGCAGAGACCUGGCUGUACACUAUAUCAAAGUAGGCCAAUAUGCUAGAGACUUGGAUUUGACUAUGUCUUUGAUUGACGAUUAUUUCAAGAGUGUUAGACCUGCAGAGGAUGGUUUGGAUGUGGUUUUGAUGGACAUAGAUGACAUUUUUCCUCGGAACUCUGACUCUUUCAAUUUGUUUCACAGGUUUUACAAUGACAGCACUAGCAACUGUAUUAAAGAGGCAAAAAAUGUAAAGCUCAUGUUUGUUUCUAGACUAUACAUGUACCUUCAAACUGGUGGAUGGUCUAUAAUUUUGUUAUCGAGAGAGCCUAGAACACACCGAAACGUCACCAUUAAUCAUCUUGACUCUGCGGGACUUAGAAGUUGGUCUGCCUUGAUGAUGAGAGCAGAAGAUUCAGAUCCUACCAAAGGGUAUGAGUAUUUCUCUAGGCAAAGGAAUGUGAUAAGGAAAAAGGGCUUCAGAAUAAAAAGUAUCAUAAGUAGCCAUAUGGAUGCAGUGACUGUUCCAGAGACCGAAGUGCGAAAUUAUUUGCUUCCAGGCCAUCUAUGUGACAAGUUUGAGAAGCAGGUAGAGCAUAGAUCCUGAACGUUAGUUUCAUGAUUCAUCCUUCAGGAAGAGAGUUCCAUUCAAUUAUAUAGGUUCUUAAUCUCUGAAUCUAAGUUUGUUCUUGCUACUCAUUUAACAUCAAUACUACGUAAUUUAAUCUUACCUCGAGGCUUAGAAUAGCUCUCCACCUUAGAGUUUGGUAAUUGGUUUGUAGUUGUAGAUACUUGCACACUACAAUCAAAUAUCUUUUUUUUAAGCUGUGACGUGUGACAUAAACAGUGUUGCAUACAUAUAUGAAGUUUUUUUUUUAAUGUA